UUUUCUGUGGAAGGUUCCACAGGCAGCUGUAGCGCGCGUUUGCAGAAACUAUGACCAACAACAACACUCUCUUUUAAAUAACAGACCCUUUGUCUCACUCUCUUCAUUCGACAAGAUGAUGAAACACCAUCAUCACGCAGCCCUAUUCCUCCUCCUCCUGGUGGUGGCGGCGGCGUCAAUUCCAAUCGCCGUCGCGCAGUCCCAGCCGUCGCCCAGUGAAUUCACCGACCCAAGACUAAACAGUUUCAACCCCUCUCUAGCCGCAAUAAUCGUCAUAUUAGUGGCGGCGCUUUUCGUCAUGGCCGUUUUCUCCGUCUACGUACGCCACUGCGCCGAUACGCCUUCCAACAGCGUUAGGCCUCUCACGUCCGCACGCUCCAGAAGAGCUGCGCGUGGCCUUGAUCCCGCCGUCAUCCAAACCUUCCCCAUCCUCGAAUACUCCGAGGUCAAGAUCCACAAGAUCGGAAAAGAACCCUUGGAAUGCGCGGUGUGUUUGUGCGAGUUUGAAGACACCGAAACGCUGCGUUUGAUCCCCAAGUGCGACCACGUUUUCCACCCCGAGUGCAUAGACGAGUGGUUGAGCUCCCAUACCACGUGUCCCGUGUGCCGCGCCAACCUUGUACCGACAGAAUCACAGGAAUCUGACGCCAACAACGGUGUUGCCGCUGUUCCCGAUCCCCAAAUGUUAACGACGGACCUUGAAGCGCAAAACGACGUCGUAGAAGCCGCACCAGAGCAGCAACACGCGGACUCUGACCGUUUCUUGACUGAACCGGAAGUUCUUUCUCUGGAGAAAACGCUGAACCGGAACCGCACGCGUGGAUCGCGGUCGAACCGGCCGCGCCGAUUCUCGAAGUCGCACUCGACUGGGCACUCGAUUGUCCAACCGGGAGAAAAUACGGACCGGUUCACUCUGAUACUUCCUUUGGAGGUUCGCAAGCAACUAAUAAACCGGCAAUUGCAUCGAGCAAGUAGCUUGAUCGUGUUACCGAGGGAAGGUAGUUCGAGGCGGGGUUACCGAACCGGAGGAGAAGGGAGUAGUCGGGGGAAACAAUCGAGGCGGUUGGACCGGAGUUUCAAAUCGGACCGAUGGAUUUUCUCAGUAGCUGCGCCGUUUUUCGCUAGGGCGCUGUCUAUUAGGUCUCCCAGGGUACGGAACAACGAUGUUGAUAGAAUGUCGUCGUCAUCCACCGCGCCGAUUAUGCCGCCGACGGCCGUUGACUCGGCUCGGCCACCGGUUUAACCGGCGGAGUUUGGCCAUGUAACUUUUCUAUUUUUUAUUUAUUUUUUCUUCAAUAUUUCAUUUUGGCUGCAAAAAAUUGUAAAGGGGGGGUGUUAUUAAUAA